AUGUGUGGUGCCCCAGUCCGCGACAUCACAGACAUCACGCCCAUCAUGACUGGUGUGUUCGGUGGCCUCGCCAUUCUCGGCGUUGCAAUCCGCUGUGUGGCUACCAAGGGAGCUUUCGCGCUCGAUGACAUUUUCGCUGUCGCAGCGCUGAUAGUGGCUCUACCCAUGGGAAUCCUGGAGUUCGUCAUGUCGUCCGAUGGAUUUGGCAAAGAUCUCUGGACAAUACCUCCUGCGAACAUAUAUCGAAUAGCGCAAGUGAUUGUUGACACCGCUCAGUUCACGUGGCUUACCGAGAUCUUCUACGUCAUGGCCGUCGCCCUGACUAAAAUGUCAUUCUUGUGUUUUUGCCUUCGCGUCUUUCCUCGGCGAGAAUUGCGCAGCACUUUGUACACGCUACUAGCUGUGUCGACAGCGUAUGGCCUCGCAUUCACACUCACUUGUAUUUUCAACUGUACGCCUAUAUCGUACAUCUGGCAGAACUGGGAUGGCGAACACAGCGGCAAAUGCAUCAACUUCCAUAUCUUCGGCUGGGCACACGCAGGCAUCAACAUCGCGCUUGACGUGGUGAUAAUCGGCGUGCCGAUACCAGAGUUAUUGCGCCUCUCAAUGAGUGUGAGGAAGAAGGUGCAAGUCGUUUUGAUGUUCAGCAUCGGGGCUUUGUAA